AUGCGGAUUUUCUCCCGUGAUACCAUUACGGAUUUUGUGCGAAGGGGGGACCUCGUUGGCGUUCGUCGACGCUUGGAAAAAGGUGACAAUGUCAAUGAACGUCGCAGCUUCAAUAAUACACCACUUAUCGAGGCGGCACGAUACAAUGUCGUCGAUAUUCUUGAGCUCUUGAUCGCGUACGGCGCUGAUCUUGAGCUGACAAAUUCAAACGACCUCACAGCGCUUCAUGCUGCGAUUGACGAGAAAAGAAGUGCCACUGCUAUUGCAUUGGCUCAACAUGGCGCCAGUGCGAAUCAUGUCGGACUUUUUGGUCGAACACCACUACAAUGUGCAGUCAUGAGAGAUUUACUUGAUGUCACUGCGGUGCUUCUUGCACGGGGAGCAGAUCCGAUUGUCAAAAGUGAUUCUGGAAAGACUGCUAUUGAGUACGUUCGAACUGGGCCGAAUUCGGUGGAGAUGGAGAAACUUUUAACGGCAUACACAAACGUAGAGGCAGCAAUUGGUGCCAUGAAUGCUGAUGCAAUUACAGUGUGUUUGCGGGAAUUAUUGACAGGAGAUCGUACAGCUGAUGUCUCCAAUAUUGACGCAGCAAUUCAGUUGAAACAUACUGAAGCAGUGACGAUUCUUCUUCAAAUGUCUUUGGCUUCUGAUACACUUGUGGAAAUGGUUGACACGUACAAGAUUGUGGAGCAAGGAGUGAAGCAAACGGAAGACGAAAUAUGGCGACACGAAUUAAAAAAUCUUGCAGAAGAUUUCGGAAGAGGGGUGCUGACUUUAUUAAUGAAUUCAGGUGACGUUGAGCUUCUGAAGCAGCUAGUGGAAGACACGAUGGGAUUUGACUGGAUUCAAAACUUACGAUUAAGUAAUGGGUGGACACCGCUCCACUUGGCAGCUUCACAAACAAACUUUGCAUUAGUCCGGUAUCUUCUCGUUGAGUGUGGCAGCAAUCCUCUGGUGUUGUCUCCUGGUGGCAGAACAGCGUUUGAUUACGCAGUGGAGCUCGACAAAGAUAGCAGAGUCUCGUAUUUACUGCGAGAACAUAUCAAGCAGCGUGCGUUUUGGGAGCGUGCGACGUUGAUUUUAGGCACAUCGGAUGUUUCUAUGAUGAAAUUGCGUCCACUAUUAAGCUUGAUGACAAGUGUCUACGAUCUUCAUAUCAUUUUUGGUCUGGGAUUUCGGACGCUUAGCCAUACUGAGAUGCACGCGCUCCUAUCUGAAGCUUUUGACGAAGUCAUUCGAGCCAAACUUGUCGUAGACGACCAAGCUACAGUAUUUUUUAAGCUCGCACUUCGGGUUUGUCGGCGUGAAAAUUUCAUUUCCGAAGUGGAACAACUGAAAUGGGAUUUAAAAGCGACUAAAGUGAGAGGAGGGAGUCUAGUCUGGGACCGCGAAAUCAAGCGCUCGUUGCUUACGAUCGCAUGUAGAUUCAAAAAGGUGGAUAAGAACUCUUUGUUGCUUCAGAAACAGUACAAAUUGCUGCGAGCAGGACUUCAUCAACGUCCGACUCAGGGAAAGAUCAAAUCUCACACACGUCAACGGUAUCUUUCUCUGUUGUUUGUAGCAUUAAUAUUGAGCGGUUGUUCGGGCUACAAAGACGAUUUUGGUGUUGCGUACAAUCCGGCAAAAUUCCUCGCCAUGAUGAGUACAGACAACGUUGAGAACUUUGUUGCUGGAAUCAUCAAUGCGUUUAAUUUCAAAAGUGAAUUUGAAGCAUUGCUAGUUCAUUCGGCAAUUGAUCCGAUGGAACUUGUAUUUGUGCUCCGGGAUAUUGCGAAUCUAGAACUCCCUGAGAGUGUAAGAAUCAAGAUCUCCCCGUGGAAAUUACCUGAUCGGGUUAUCAUAAGCACUUGA